UCUCUCUGUAUCACAUCAACCCACCAACCAACCAACCAAAAUGGCCAAGGCUCUGUUCAUCGUUCUCGCCGCCGUCCUAUUCGUUGCUGCCCUCGCCGAGGUUGAGUUCGACGAUGAUCUCGAGACCGACGUCGAGUUCCUCAAGCGGGAUCCCUAUCUUCAGGAGUACUUUGAGGCUGAGAAGAGGGGAAGGAGUCUAAAGAAGUACAAGACCUGCGAGAUGUUUGGCCAAAGUUGCUACUGCUCAAGGAGGAGCAACAAGAUUGUCUUCUGUGGAGGAGUCGCUGGUGGAGAGAACAUUUAAACACGUGACUGAUCACCUGGAAUCUUAUUGGCUGACGCUUCUCUUACCGGAGGUGUAAUCAUUGGCUUGACAAUCGCUCAUCGGACUUAGUUAGAUAUUAUUUUCAGUGAGGAACCCCCACCCUUAAUAGAUCCUAAUUAUAUUUUUUGAAGGAAAAAUUACCAACUUCCGAUCCCAUUCCGAACCAUUGUAGUCGUCAAAGGAUGAAAUAAAUCAAUUU